AUGGCCCCUCGAAGAGCGCAUACCAAGUCUCGUCAGGGCUGUGACCAGUGCAAAAAACGUCGUGUCAAGUGUGACGAAAAGGGGCCUCCGUGCUCAAAUUGUAUCUCCCGGGAGCUUUCAUGCACAUACCUGAGAGCCCCAUCUCGGCCGGCUGGUAUCCGAGCAGGUCAGACCCCGGCCCCGCUGCCUACUGUACUUCCCAGUCCCCCGCAACCACUGGGAAUUCCUAGUCCAGCAGCCUCCACUCCAACAAAUGUUUCAGGGGUGCGAGAACUAGAGCUGAUGCACAAGUUCUCCACAGAGACGUACGAGAGCCUGUGCGACACUAAUUCUGGUCAUUAUGUUUGGCAAAUUGCCAUUCCUCGCCUGGCUCUUCAAUAUGAUUUCCUGAUGAAUGGCAUUUUGGCAUUGGGGGCUCUCCACAUUGCCGCUACACUUGGGCCGCCGGCUUCCUUGGUGUAUAUCGAUACUGCAUUGCAGUAUCACAAUCUUACAUUCGCCCCAUACCGGUUUGCUGUUGAUCAUAUCAACCCAAUGAACUGCGAGGCUGUCUUGGCACAGUCCAUUAUCACCACCGUGAUUGGCAUUGCACUACCGCGUGCGAGCUCUACCCGUGGAGAAACUUCAAGCAUAACUGAGAAUAUCGUCGUGGUAUUUGAACUCCUGCAAGGCGUGAAAAAGAUCCACCGAAUCGGUGAAUCGUGGAUCAAACUAGAGCUUUUUGCUCGCCGAAGGAAUUAUUGGGAUACCGGGGAAGUUGGAUUAGACGACGAUACCCAUGCUGCUCUGGAGCUACUGGGUACUUUGAACAAUGAGACUCUCGCCAGUAUCGACCCUGAUCAGCACCAGAUCAACAAAGAUGCCAUUGUCUAUUUGCGCCAUUUUUCAAUGCGAGUUGCCGAUUCGGUGGAUGCCGCUAACGUUCUGGCUUGGUUGGCUAUGGUCGAUAAAGAAUUCGUGGAUAAUGUCCGCCGCCGGCAGCCUUUGGCGUUGUUGAUUCUCAUGCAUUGGGGCGUAUUACUCGGGGAACUCAACGACCAGCAUUGGUGGGCUCGAGAUUCGGGCCGCGCCUUGGUGUCUGAAGUCUUGGAGACACUGCAGCCUGCAGAUGCUCAGUGGGAAAAGGCCGUGGCUUGGCCGCAGAAAAAGAUGGGACUUUGA